AUGCCGUUUUCCCCAAAGGACGACAUACCGGAUCUGGCCGGCAAGGUCAUUAUCGUGACUGGUGGCAGCAGCGGUCUAGGCAAGGAGAGCGUACUUCAGCUCGCAAAGCACAACCCCAAGACUAUUUACCUUACGGCUAGAACAGAAGCACGAGGGAAAGCCGCAAUCAAGGAGAUUCAGGAAGCUGUCCCGGCGGCCAAAGAUAGGAUCAAGUUUCUCGAAUUGGAUCUGGCAUCUUUUGCAUCGAUUGAGAAAGCCGCCAACACUUUUCUGGGCUCGUCCGACCGCCUCGAUAUCCUGAUGAACAACGCAGGCUUGGCAUCUGCCACUACGGGAAUCACAAUCGACGGAUAUGAAGUCAAUUUUGGUUCAAACUACAUGGGACCUGCUCUGUUCACCAAGCUGUUGCUCCCAAUCAUUGUUAAAACAGCUGAACAGCAUGCUGCCGAUGUUCGCGUGGUCAACUUGAGCUCCGAACUCUUCAAACAGGCACCCAAAGAGGGUAUCCUCCUCUCCCGCUGCAAGACUCCUCUCGAAGACGUUUCGAGCUUGGCCCGUUAUGGCCAAUCCAAACUCGCAGACUACUACCAUACUCACACCCUGAGUCAGCUCUAUCCUUCGGUAAAAUUUGUUGCGAUUCAUCCCGGAGUCGUGAACACCGGUAUAUUUGAUGAUUUCAAGAAGAAACACCCCUGGCUUGGUGGACUUGUCAGCGCAGCCGGCUCAGUCAUGAUGACCGACGUUCAAGCAGGCGCACGAGCGCAACUGUGGGCAAGCACAGCGAAUAAGGAGAGUGUCAAGAGCGGGGCUUUCUACAAUCAGAAACUGAAGGAGUUUAAGGAAGGAGUCCUUUAUGAUAAGAAGGCAGAGAAAGACUUGUGGGAUUGGACAGAGUUGGAGUUUCAGAGCCAGGGGAACUGA